AUGGAGAAGGAUGGGCUCUCCAUCUCCUCCUCGGAAGUAUUUGCAGAAAUCCGAGUUAGGGAGAGACUGGCCCGUGACGAGCCAUUUCACAGGGGUCAAACAGCAGAGGGACCUGCAUACAACCAGUUUCCCCAAUCAUACCCUCGAUAUCACCCUCACAAUCGGAACCUCCCUGAUGCUCCAGCCAAACAGCGGCUGACUUACCCUGGACAAGAGGAACGCCAUGACCUGGGGUGCCAGAGCUACUUCUCUAUGGGCAGCGAAUCCGGUUCCAGGCAUAAACAAGAGAUUCAAGAAGUGCUUGAACUGGAGGGAAAACAGGAUGUGAGGAUGCAGGGGCUCCUGCCAAGCAGGAAGGCAGUUUUACCUUCUGAAAUUCAGCAGAAAGAACAGAGCACUGUAGACCCAUGCAGAGGAAAAACUGACAAUGUAGAGGUAAACCCAGGCAUCAGUCGGCACAGGAGGGAGGAUGUUGCAAAUGACCCCAGAGGGCGGCGUGGAAGUCAGUCAAGGCAGGAAGUUUACACAGAGCAUGUGUCCCGACUUCAGGCCACAGAGUCUAUGCAAGCAAGAGCUCGAGAGGCCCAUAAAAGGGCUGACACUAGCUGCUAUGCUCCAGUCCAGACCUCCAGUGGGAGAUAUAUGCCAAAUUCAUCUAAACCUCUGGAUACUGGAAAUGUCCAACAGAACGCCAUCCAGAACCCAAUCAGAGAGGCUGCCCUUCAGGAGAAAGUACCCAAUGGCGAUCACCCAUCCCAUGAUGCCAGGGUUUCAGUUGCCCAACUCCGCCACACCUACCUGGAAAGUGUUGCGAGUCCCCGGAAAGCCAAACUGUCUCGUCUAAGCCCUGAACCACCGAGCCCUGAGGUAGAUGAAGAGAAGCUGGAUGAGAGAGCAAAGCUGAGUGUAGCUGCCAAGCGCUCUCUCUUCAGGGAGCUCGAGAAGACUUCAGAUGGUUCCGUUUUGAAGGCAUGGAGCCGUAACCCUGCUGUUGAACGGAGGCUGAGGAGAGGUCAGGAUCGCUCCCGCACUCAGCCGGUCACCUCAGAGGAAGUGGUCAUUGCUGCUACCUUGCAGGCAUCAUCUCCGCAUAACUCCAUGGUGAGGGAGCAGGCCAGAGAGGUUCGGCUGGCUCAGGAGGCAGUGGAAACGGAUCAAGCUCGCCAAGCAUCUCCAGGGGAGGAUGGUCAAGAGGAGCCAGAUCUUUCUAUGCUCAGUCUGGCAGAGAAGAUGGCACUCUUCAACCGCCUGGCACAGCCGUCCAGCCAUGGCCCUCGGGCCAGGGGAGACACUCGGUCACGUAGGAGUAAUACCCGCUACCAGACUCAGCCAAUCACACUAGGAGAGGUUGAACAGCUGCAGCCUGUGGGUGAAGCUCGUUUGGCAUCCACCUCUACCUCGGCCCUGAGAUCCUCAACCGUUUCCACUGAACAUGCUGGUGACAUCCACCUGACCAUGCCCAAUGUAUCUGGCCCUGCCUACUAUGAGCAGACCCUCUCCCCACCUCACCACCCUCAACCUGCCCAAGAGAUCCAGACACAUCAGAGUCCAGAUGUGUCCCCGGUGGCCCAAGGAGAAAAGCUGGUAUUGAGCAUGGGGAAGAGGAAGCUCCCCUCUCCAGAGAGCAUGAAACAGACACCACAUGCUCAACCAGCCAGAGACUGGGAGGAGCAUAAAGUGCACAGUGAGGCUCUGGUGACCCCUCAAGACCUUUCAGAAACAGAUGGAGAGCUCAAGUCAAAGGCAGCCAUGUCAGAUCUUCCUGUGCACACAGCCACAGUACGUGCAGAGGCAGCUGUAUCACAGGGCUCAUCCUCUUUACAGAGCAGCUCUCUCGUACAGCACACGCACGCACAGACGCACACAGAGUCUGCCGGACACCUCUUGGAGGACAACAGGAGAGAAGAAGAGCAGGAGAGUGACUUUAUAACAGAGGAGGGAGACAAGCUCUCAGACAUCAUGUCCGCCAGACAGAUGUCCAUCAAAGAGAGGCUGGCUCUGUUGAAGAAGAGUGGAGAGGAAGACUGGAGGAACAGGAUAAAUAAAAAACAGGAUGUGGUGAAGGUUGCUGUGUCUGAAAGACAUGCCCAGCUAUGGGAAGUGGAGCAGAGCUUCAAGAAGAAGGAUGAUGGGCUGAUGAUAGAUGACUUUGCCGUGUCUGAUCAACUUUGGGAUCCUGUCUUUUCCUCCUCCUUUUCGUGUGCCUCUGAACCACUGGAUCAAAUAGCAGUCCUCCCCAAGGCUACCCCCCUGCCCGUGCAGGUGGAUGAGCGUCACCCCUGGAGACGGAAGAGGAUGGGAAUUGAGGUGGUGGAGAGUCAGCAGAUUGAGCGAAACGAGAUGUCUAUUCAGGAACGCAAACAGCUCAUCACCGCACAAGAGGAUGCCUGGAAGGUCAAAGGUUACAGAGCAUUCAAUGACUCCACUCAGUUUACAGUGGCUGGCCGUAUGGUUAAAAAAGGUCUGGCAGCCCCCUCUUUUCUCACAAAUCCAGUGUUGUCCCCUCUGUCCUCUAAAAAUAAGAAUACCUCCCAUACCAUCUCAAAGCCACACGAGGUUAGUGUAAUUAACCUGUAGUCUGAGUUAACCUCAGAGAUGUUACAUUUUCUCCUAUAACAACUUAAUUUCUUAGUUUCAGGACUUCAAGAGGCCACAAUUGCAGUCACAGAGAAGUCUGUUAAAGAGGUCAUGACUGUAGAUGAUGAGAUUUUCGAUAAGUUUUAUCGACACUCAGAGGAUAUGGCCAAGAUCACUAGCAGGGUGGAAAUCAACGACGAUUUUGAUGCCAUUUUUGGAGGGCAGCUGUCCAGGUUGACCUCAGACAUGGUGCAGCACAAGCGUGCAGUGCGGCCCACCAGAAACGUUCAGUCAUCCAAAAACCCCCUGAAAAUGCUGGCCGUUCGGGAGGAUAUCAGACAUGAGUACACAGAACAGAGACUGAAUAUCGGCCUUUUGGAGAGCAAGAGGAUGAAACAGGAAAAGAUGAAUAAGAACAGCGGUUUCUCUGAGGUUGCUCUUGCUGGAUUGGCCAGUAAGGAAAACUUCAGCAGUGUGAGUCUGCGAAGUGUGAUUGCAUCUGAGCAGGGUUCCAACAACAGUGCCAUGCCCUAUAAAAAGCUCAUGCUCAUUCAGGUCAAAGGUCGACGACAUGUACAGACCAGACUGGUUGAGCCCAGAGCUUCUUCCUUGAACAGUGGUGACUGUUUCCUUUUGAUCGCACCCCAUCAUUGCUUCAUCUGGAUUGGAGAAUUUGCAAAUGUUAUCGAGAAGGCCAAAGCUGCAGAGUUAGCUACAUUCAUUCAGACCAAGCAUGACCUGGGAUGCAGAGCCUCGUAUGUGCAGACCAUCGAGGAAGGUGCCAACACUCACACUCAUGCCGCCAAAGAGUUUUGGAAGAUCCUUGGUGGCCAAGCCAGUUAUCAAGCUGCUGGCACUCCAGAAGAAGAUGAGUUCUAUGAGAGUGCCGUUGUAGAAACCAACUGCAUCUACAGGCUCAUGGAGGAUAAACUUGUUCCUGAAGAUGACUUCUGGGGUCGAGUCCCUUGCUGCUCCAUGCUUAAGCCUAAAGAAGUGCUGGUGCUUGAUUUUGGUAGCGAGAUCUACGUAUGGCAUGGUAAGGAGGUGACGCUGGCACAGAGAAAAGUGGCUUUUCAGCUGGCAAAGCACUUGUGGAAUGGCACCUUUGACUACACCAACUGUGAUAUUAAUCCUCUGGACCCUGGAGAGUGCAACGACCUUAUACCCAGGAAAGGCCAGGGACGACCAGACUGGGCUGUGUUUGGCAGGUUAACGCAGCACAAUGAGACUAUUCUUUUUAAAGAAAAGUUUUUGGAUUGGAGUGACACCAAGAAAUCCACUAAGAAUGGUGACUCGCAUAUUGUUGAAAACAAGGAGCAUCGGGGUGGGGAAUGUCGGCCGUACAAUGCAUCACUGAUGUUGAUGACAGUAUGGACGCCAGUCAAGACCGUUCUGGAUGGGCUCGAUGUUGGACGAGGUUAUGGAUUGGUGGAAGGUGACGAGGGGCGUAAUUUUGAGAUCAGCACCUUGUCUGUUGAUGUCUGGCACAUUCUAGAGUUUGACUACAGUCAUCUACCCAAACAGAGCAUUGGUCAGUUCCAUGAAGGGGACACAUACGUGGUCAAAUGGAAGUACAUGAUCAGCACAGCAGUUGGCAAGAGACUGCAUUCAGAACGGAUCAUCGGUCCAGGGAAGGAGAAAUGCUGUUAUUUCUUCUGGCAGGGUCGUAACUCCACUGUGAGUGAGAAGGGAACCUCAGCACUGAUGACUGUAGAGCUGGAUGAGGAGAGGGGUGCUCAGGUCCAGGUACAGCAGGGAAAGGAGCCUCCUUGUUUCUUACAGUGCUUCAAUGGAGGAAUGAUUGUUCAUGCUGGAAAGAGAGAAGAGGAGGAAGAAAAUGUGCAAAAUGACUGGAGUUUAUACUGUGUGAGAGGAGAGAAACCCAUAGAGGGCCAUCUGCUAGAGGUGGUGUGCCACUGCAGCAGCUUACGGUCUCGCACCUCUAUGAUCCUCCUGAGCAUCCCAAAAGCCAGCAUGUACCUGUGGCACGGCUGCAAAGCACAGAUGCACACACGUGAUGUGGGUCGUACCGCUGCCAACAAAAUCAAAGAGCAGUGUCCUCUUGAGGCGGGGCUUCACAGCAGCAGUAAGGUGUCCAUUCAAGAGUGUGAUGAGGGAGCUGAACCACAGGGCUUCUGGGAGGCCUUGGGAAGGAGAGAUCGAAAGGCGUAUGACUGCAUGCUACAGGAUCCGGGAAAGUUCAACUUCACUCCCCGGCUGUUCCAGUUAAGCAGCACUUCAGGAGAGUUUGUGGCAAUGGAGUUUGUGUAUUCAUCCAGGGAACCAAAUUUGGUCAAUUCGAUGCCUUUCCUACAGGAGGAUUUGUAUACAGCUACUCAGCCAGCCCUGUUUUUGGUGGAUAAUCACCAUGAAGUGUACCUGUGGCAGGGCUGGUGGCCUCAGGAUAGUGAGAGCACGGGCUCAGCUCGUAUACGAUGGGACUCUGACAGGAAGUGUGCCAUGGAAACUGUGCUCCAGUAUAGCAAAGAAAAAAAUGAGAAAAAAACUCCAAAAUCAUACCUGAUCCAUGCAGGACUUGAGCCUCUUACAUUCACUAAUAUGUUUCCCGGCUGGGAACACAGAGAGGAUAUUGCUGAGAUCACAGAGAAGGAGGCUGAAGUAUGUAAUCAGAUCAUUCUUGUUGAAGACGUAUUGACUAGACUCUGCAAGACCGCUUACCCACUCGCUGAUCUUCAAGCCCGUCCACUACCAGAAGGUGUUGACCCUCUACGUCUUGAGAUCUACCUUUCAGAUGAGGACUUUGAGGGUGUAGGGACUUCUGGGAAGAAAGCAUUGGAAAUGACAAGAAGUGAGUAUGAGGCACUGCCAGGAUGGAAGCAAGUGAAUGUGAAGAAAGCCAAAGGACUGUUUUAAAGGGACUAGUGAACGCAAGUGAAGAUCUACCUGUGUCAACCCACACAGGGAGGUGAAAAGGAGCUGGAGGAAGAAGAAAAGACACAGAUGGGCAGGGGUUCAGCAGCCUCCUGUAGCACAUUUUUCUCCCAUUUUCUCCUUUUUUGUUUUUAUCAGUGAAUUAGCAAGAUUUGUUUUUUUUUUAAUUUGUUGUUGAAUGUUUUGAGUGCUCCCCGGCAUCUUUUCCUCCCAUUGUUCUGCAUUGCUGUGUCCACAUGAAGCCAGUCACCGUCCAACAUGCACAAGGCAGCCCUCAUGCACUGCCCAGCUUUAUAUAAAGACCUAAUAAAUAAAAAUGCCUUUUAGUUAUUAUCUAAUUGUAAGAAAGCUCAAAAGAGCUCUUUAUGUAAGUAUGUUCAUACCUGCUCUCAUAAAUGGCCUCAAGAUGUGUUUAAACCUUCCAGAUAGAUGCUUGAACCUUAGAACCCUAUAUAUGUGUCUGUGUGUGCAUGGGAGAGUGUUUGAGAAUCCAUACAGUGUGUGUGUGUGUCUCUUCAAACAAGAUUGAAUGAAACUGUGGAAUAAGAGAAAAUCUCUUUCUAUUCUGCAUUGUAUAGUGCCUUGCCUUCAUGUACAGUUUAUAUAAAGACAGAUGCUAGUCUGCAUUUUGAAGACAUAUUUGUGAUAUAAAUAAAUAAUGGUGCAAAUAAACACUGAAUAAUGUAGAUAAU